AAUACGUUGUUCGGUGGGUCUGCUGGCCUUUUAAACGCCCUCGGGUUUUUUCCACUCUCCUUCACCCCACCCACCAGCCUAUUUGGAGUGUCGCGCACGCACGCACACACACACAUGGUUUUAUCGUCGCUCUUUUCGGUAAAGACACUCCCCGCCGUCGUCUUGCUCGCUGCGUCCUUCCUCGCCAACUCUGCCAACGCCCAGGACCGAACAACAGAGCAGGGAGAAGCUCAGAUAUCAGACCCAAAUGAGGAGUGCACAAUUUACUACUAUGCACCCGUGUCCAAUGCUCGCUACAACUUCCCAACCGUUUGGACAGUAGCAACUCUCCUCUCCAACGACACAGCUGGGCAGACCAAAUACAGCAAUAUCUCGUCUGGAAUACCCAAUAUCUCUCCGAAGGGCACGCAGCCUCAGUCUGAGACAGGAAAUUUCACGGGCUUCACCUACAGCGCGUCAGAUCCGGAUUGUUGGUGGACCUAUGAUAAAUGCACCACCCCCAAGUACUCCGGGCUGCAGCCUGAUAUAGCGGGCGUGCCAGAGCCUGGUACGCUUGGUUACGGCUUCGACGACGGCCCAAACUGCUCCCACAAUGCGUUUUAUGAUUACUUGUCACAGCAAAACCAAAAAGCAUCCAUGUUCUACAUUGGUAGUAACGUGAUGGACUGGCCUCUGGAGGCGCAGCGCGGGCUCGCAGACGGUCACGAAAUUUGCGUUCACACAUGGUCCCACAAAUACAUGACCUCGCUUACGAACGAACAAGCUUUUGCCGAGCUUUGGUACACCAUGCAAGCCAUCAAGUUGGUCGUCGGCGUUACUCCUACCUGCUGGAGGCCCCCUUUCGGUGACGUAGAUGACCGUAUUCGCUGGAUUGCCAACGCUCUCGGCCUUCGUACGGUCAUUUGGCAGUACGACUCGAACGAUUGGAAGGUUGGCACCAAUAACAUCACCGCGGCGGACGUCGACGCCAACUACGAAGCCCUCAUUCAAAGAAUGGAAAAUGGAACUUUUGCUACUUCUGGCACGAUCAUGCUUACGCACGAGCUUAACAACUACACUAUGUCCGAAGCGAUCACCUUCUAUCCCCAGCUUAAGGCCGCAUUCAAAUACCUUGUCCCUGUGGGUGUGGCUCUAAACGUGUCGCAGCCGUACGUGGAACCAAGCCCGAUUUUACCUAACUUCGAGCAAUAUAUCAGUGGCACAACCACACUCUCAGGCUCGGCGCCUUCUGCAACUGGUAGCCAAGGUGCCUCUAGUGGGUCUUCCGCAAGCAAGAGCGGCGCGGGAGAGUCGAGAUUGAUGAAUGCAUUGUCUGUGGAUGGGGCUGGUGGUCUGGUUGGCGCAAUGAUGUUCGUGGGAGGUUUGUUGAGGACUAUGAUGUGAGUCGCCGAUGGGGUCGCGGCGUGGGUGGGGAUGGAGCCUAUGCAGGACACUUGGUUUUCUUAUCUCAUCCACACCCCGCUUUUUGAACUGGCCGCUCAAUACCCGACCUCGCAUCUUCCACGUCCCUCUUGAACGAUUCGAAAUACUUAGCUUCUACAGUAUUACCCGCAGGUUCCGUCUUAUUGCCCUUCCUCCUCUAUCAUUCCCUUGCCUUGGGUUUUACGGUUCUACUUGAUACACUUCUCGAGCAUACCAUAAAUUUGAUAUCACAUGUUCGGACUAUAUACCUAAGCGUAGUUGAAAUGUAUUGAAUCAGAGCCUUGAGCGACAAUCGAUUUGGCCGUGUUCUCCUUCC